AUGCUGGGUCUGGAAAAGAGACCUCCGGUGAAUAAUCCUUUGCCCCGGUCCCGGUCCGAGCAAGGCCCUCGAUCUGUGAAAGCGGCUCGCUUAGGACCCAAUCGACAGACUGGAUCAGAAUCGACCUACUUUCUUGGUGCAGACCAAGACCUGUACCAGCGCUACCCCUUAAAAAAAGAGAAAGAGUUGGGCCAAGCAACUCUUGAUCCUCCCGCUCGUCCCCUGUUCGAGUUCUGGUCUGGCUGCAACCAAGCCGGAAGGUCCAAUAGUUUGAGGUCGUCCACCAAGGGAUGUAGGUCGCGUAACAAAAAGAAAAUCAAAGUCAAGAGCCAAUUUGAGUCCUAUAAUGAUAAUGAAAGCUUCAUGGCGAUGUUAGUCAUUUACCAUCCGAUGAACUACACGCAGCAAGUAAUGGCCUUUGCUUUGGGUGGGGUUUCGAUCUUAGCUACGGGAUGGUACGCGGAGAUGUUGCGAUUCUGCUACAUACUGGCAGGUUCUGUAGUCAACUGCACUUGGUCACUGGAUGCUCUGUCGGAUCCUUUGACCUCUUCGUCGAUGCGCUCCCACGCCUCGCUCUUAGGAUUGUUUAACUGUCGCAUUAAUUUGGCUAGAAAGCGGAGUUGCUCCUCUUCCGUCCUCUACAUCGUCAACUACGUAUUUUGCAGCGUCUUCCACAGCAUCGCAGCGUGCUGGGAAUGUGACGCUCUCUUUCCUGCCACUCUUUUGAGUUACGGAGCUCUUGAUACUUCCUACGUUCUUCCUCGUCGACUGCAUUCCAAACUUCAUCUUGCGAGACCUCGUAGUUUUGAUCUUCCACGCCUUGACCCUGCGGGGGGACUACGGGAGGGUGCCGCUAUUCCUUACAUUAGUAAGGAAGACUCAAUACGCCUUGAAAAGCAUUUCGUGGGUUCUUCUUCCGGAGAACUUAUAGCUUUGUUUAGAGAGUACCUUCCUUUUCCAAUCGGCAUAUGGAAGCAAAUCUUUCUCUUGUAUACUGGUACUUGGGACCCUAUAGAUGAAGAUAUGGUAUCUCUGGAUCCCCUUGCAUUUCAUUCAGAAGAGGAACCUUAUAAAGAUCGUAUUGAUUCUUAUCAAAGAAAGACAGGAUUAACCGAGGCCGUUCAAACAGGCACAGGGCAACUAAACGGCAUUCCCGUAUGUGUGCUUCCGGAGGAGCGCGCAUGCAAGAAGGAUCUGAAAGAGAUGCAAAUGGCUAAAAUAUCUUCUGCUUUAUAUGAUUAUCAAUCGAAUCAAAAGUGA